AAUGUGACUUUCUCAAUCUCAGAAGGUCGCCGACGCUCACAGGCCAUCCAGGAUGCUGCUCCUUACGUUAUGUUUAACAAUUGGGGUCACAACUAUACCAGAGGUAUUAUGUUUCAAGAAGUUUCCAACUGCAACCAAACCCCCACCACCUCCACCGGCUCCACCACUCAUAGUGUUCGAUCAACCUCAAAGAAGCCAAGCUGAGGCUCCAGCAACUGCCCCUCAAACUUUCGCUCAAGCUCCUCAAACUUUUGCUCAAGCUCCUCAAACUUUUGCUCAAGCUCCUCAAACCUUCUCCCAAUCUGCUCCUCAAACCUUCGCUCAAGCUCCUCAAUCUUUCGCUCAAGCUCCUCAAACCUUCGCUCAAGCUCCUCAAACCAAUGCUCAAGCUGCACCAGCGCCUCAAAUCACUCCUCAAGCGAGAUUUGAGUAUUUUGAGUUGAUUGCUCCGAACCAAAAUGGACAAAACUACAAUCCGACAUUGACCAUUAGCAAUCCUGAUUACAACGUGGUGUAUCGUCCGCAAAAUUCAGCACAGCCUCAGCGUCCUCAAUCUCAGCGUCCACAAGCCCAGCGUCCUCAACCUCAACGUCCUCAAAGGCCUCCUCAACGACCUCAAGUUCCCCAACGGCCUGGCACACCACCGUUGUACCAGUUCCCUAAACAACCCGGCCGACCCAACAGUCAAGUUCUGUCUCGUCCCACGGUCACUCGCCCUCGGAACGAUGUUUUCCCCGCACCUGGUCAUCGGUUUGGACCUCAGGCGUUCAGUAGACAGCCUGCCUAA